AUGGACCUCAUCAAGGAUUUGGCUCAAAAACUGACAAAAAAUAUGGCUGAGCUCCUGGAGAGGUGCAAUGAAUUCGCUAACAUGGCUGAGGUAGAGAUUGCGAAGAGACCCAUUCACCGGGUAUUGGUAGACAUAGGAGCAUUGAUAGAUCUGAUGUCCCUUGAUGCAUAUAGACAAUUCAGCUUCGGCGAUGAUGUCCUCAAACCUAAAGGGACCUCCAUACACGGGUUCUCAGGAGCAUCGGCAAAGACCAAAGGCUCAAUUGAGUUGAUGGUUACAAUCGGGGAAGAACCGUGUCAAGCAACCGUCAAGGUCAAGUUCAUGGUGGUGAGGUCAGUAGUGGCCUUUAACGCCAUACUCGAUCGGCCGACCCUCACCGCCCUUCGAGCCAUCAUCUUGCCAAUUCACCUCAAGAUGAAGUUCCCGACGGAGAAUGGGAUUGGCAAAAUAAGAGGUGAUCAAAAGAAGGCCCGAGAAUGCUACGUGAUGUUCGUCAAACAGAACAAAGGUAACAUUUGA